AUGCCGCCACAAGCUACAUUCGAGGACGAAGAAAAACGCUUGCUGACGGAUGACAACUAUUACCUCUGGAAAUCCUCAGUUAUCAAAAAGCUCAUGGAAAAGAGCGUUUCCCAGCAUGUCCUCGAAGAGGCACCACUCCCACGACCACAGACUGCUUCUGAAGACCAGACAUGGGAUGACGACAGGAAGGAGGCCUUGUCUAUAAUCGUCUCUCACCUCUCGGAGCAUACCUGUGCCCAAUAUAUGGAUAUAGCACUACAGAACGACCCUCGUGCUCUCUGGGAAGCUAUAGCUUCCAACCAGGGGGCUAUGAUCCAUAGCGCGGGCAUGCAAGACAACCUCGAGACGCAGCUGCUCAGCGAGAAGUAUACCCCGUCGGUUGAGAAUGCUGACGCGUACCUGCAUCGACUGCGCGCCCUCCAAGCGCGGUUAAGAGCGUACCCUGGCUGCCCGAGUGAUGUCAGAUUGAAAAAUAUCUUCAUCAAAGGACUGCCCAAUUCAGGCUUCUGGCCAGUCAUCAAGAUGCGACUCCGAUCCCUUGACCAGACCCUCCAAGACACCUUCGUUGCCCUUAAAGUACUCGAGGCUCAGCAUGCCACUGAACUACAGACCGUCAAGACCGCCCCUGUGCCCGAGGACUCUCUUGUCGCCGAAGUCAAGGAGCUGAAGAAGCUCGUAGAAGCUAAUAUGGCGCGCGGCGAUCACAAAGGCAGAAGAGGUGGACGAGGGCGAGGGAAAGGACGAAGACGAGGGGGGAUACAUAAAGGAGGCAGGGGUAAGAGCGCAGAGACGGGGCGGUGA